AUGGGCGAACAUAUUGCCGAUGAGCGCUCAUUGCUGCUGUCCCGGACUUCAUCCAUCGCGUCCAAGGAGGAGGAGGAUGUCACCUUCGAUAUUCUACACGACCUGAGUGCUCUUAUCCGGCGGACGAUUCCCAUAUGCCUCUCAUUCGCUUUGCAAAAUCUGGUGCAAGCAAUCAGUGCCUUGAUAGCCGGAAGCCUGGGCUCUUUUGAAUUAGGAGUUACCUCGUUUGGGUUUAUGUUCUUCUCCUGCACGGGCACCAUGACUGCAAUCGGCGGCGCAACGGCACUCGAUACAUUAUGCGGUCAAGCGUUCACCUCAAACUCGGUGGCAGACAAUCCCAAAAUACUAGGGCUCCUCUUGCAGCAGUGCGUGCUUGUCCUUCUCGGAAUCUUUGGCGUGGUGUUCGCGCCCAUCUGGGUAUUUUCGGGCCGCUUCUUCAUCGCCCUGGGCCAGCAGCCAGACUUUGCGUUUGCGACGGGCAAAUUUUUGGUGCUCAUGCUGCCGGCCGGCGUGUUGCAGAUUGUGGCCGAGUCUUUGAAGAAGUUUUUGCAGGUCCAGGGUGAAAGCAAUAUCGUCGGGGUGUCUACGGCAGUCGCCAGCUGCUUGGGCGUCCUAGUCACCUUCGUCCUUGUUCGACUGACGAAGCUGAAGCUCUGGGGUGUUCCUUGCGCCUUUUGCAUCUACCAAUUUGUCACCGUUGUUGCUCUGCUCUGCAUCAUUUUCAGGAAGCCCGCCGUCAGAAAGACCUGGCACGGGUCUAUUGUUGGCAUUCAGAAAGGGAUAUCGCGUUUGAUAUUUUAUGCCGUCACUGGAAUCUUUACAUGUGCAACAGAAUGGUGGAGCUUCGAGAUACUUGCAAUGAUGGCCGCAAGGCUGGACCCCAGCUCUAUUGGGGCGCAGAGCAUAUUGAUGUCUUCCGACCUGCUGCUCACAACGGUAGCACUCGGAAUAAGUGUCGCCUCCAGCCAUCGCAUUGCCGGCUAUCUGGGUGCCGGCAAAGGUCGGGAAGCGAGGAGAGCAAUCGCCACACCAUACCUGCUAUCCUUUAUCAUCGGAGCCAUCGAAUUCGUCGGUAUCAUGCUUGCGAGAAACUCCUAUGGCCGUAUUUUUACCGGCGAUGAAACAGUGAUUGAAAAGACUGCGCAGGUGCUUCCACUGAUGGCCGGGUUUCAAGUCCUGGACCUUUCCAACGGUGGUGCCAGCGGAAUCCUGCGGGGCGCUGGAAAGACUCACAUGGCAGGCGUCUGCAAUUUCGUGGCUUAUUAUGGCGUGGGCCUGACGACGGCGUGGUUCCUAUGCUUUCGCAAGCAGUACGGUGUCUUUGGCUUGUGGGCGGGCAUCAUCACUGGGAGUGGUGCACUUCUUGUCCUGCAAUCCUGCUGCAUCUUGAGCAUACGGUGGAAGCGGCUGGCUAAAGAAGUAUCCAGGUUACAUGACACGUCGGAGUGA